CAGGGGUGUCCAACCCGCGGCCCGCGGGCCGCAUGCGGCCCGGAAUGGAGGUCCGUGCGGCCCAGCAGGAAGCGUGUGUCAGAGGAAAGGCACGCCUCCUCUCCCCACAGUUUUGCUGGCUGCAGCCUCUCUGUGCUCUGCGUGCGGUGCAUGUGACGUCAGCGCCGGCGCUCUGCGUGUGACGUCAGCGCCGGCGCUCUGCGUGUGACGUCAGCGCCGGCGCUUUGCGUGUGACGUCAGCGCCGGCGCUCUGCGUAUGACGUCACCGCCUGUGUUCUCCAGUCUCCCCAACGGCUGCUAGCUGCUGCUAGCUAGCAGCGCGUGUUUUUGGCGCCAAUUUCCUGCCUUUGCUGGGCCCUGCCCCCUCUUGUCUGGCAGCUUGAUAAAAGGCACAGAGAGAGAGCAACUCCCAAAACUACGUGGCAAGCAACUCCCAAAACUACGUGGCUCUUCUCCUGUCUAAUGAAAGGCUAGCUUCAGCCUGCAGCUUACUGGCAAGUCUGGCACUCUUGCACUCCACAGCAACCGAUUAUUAUUACCUCAGCUCCCCUGGUUCAGCACAAUACACCUGCACAGUAUUUUUACAGUUAUUUGUUCCUGUGAGGUGUACACAGCUUCCUACAGCAGAAACACUGAGCUGAUCAACCUGAAAGUGAGCGUUCGGUGGUUAUUUGGAAAGGUAGCUCUUGCUAUUCGUUCCCGUGCAGCUUCCAAUAGCAGAAACACAGCUUAUCAUUUUUAACCUAUCAACCUGCAAGUGAGCCUUGGUUGUUAUUUAGAAGGCAGUCCUUAUUUUUCUUCUAGCAAACUCUUGCUAUUUGUUCCCAUGUGGUGGUGUGCAGCUUCAAAGUGCAGAAAAAUAGCAGUCAUCAACCUCCUACUACAGUCCUGUUAUUAGGAAAGGCAGCAUGGCUUUCAGAAUCUCUGAAUCGAAAAAAGAACACAGAAAAAGAAAAGUUACAGAGGAAGGAAGAGUGUUUAAAGAAAAUUGGACAGAAGAGUACUUUUUUGUUGAGGCAAACAGUAAAGCACUCUGCUUAAUUUGUGGUGAAUAUGUGCAAGUUUUCAAAGACUAUAAUUUAAAAAGGCAUUAUAUGCAAAAACAUGCUGCAAAAUUCUCUGUGUAUCAAGGAAUGUGUCGUAAGGACAAAGCAAUGGAACUUAAGAAAAGUCUGUCUUCUCAACAAAAUUUAUUUAAAAAAGUUAUUACUCAGACAGAAUCUAUUGUAAAAGCUAGUUAUGUGGUAACAUAUUUAAUAGCAAAAAAAUCAAAACCAUUUACUGAUGGUGAGUUUAUUAAGCAAUGUAUGGAAAGUGUGGCAGACAUAAUUUGCCCUGAAAAAAAAGGGGAUAUUUCUAAAAUAAGUUUGUCACACCAGACUAUAGCCAGGCGAACAGAAGACAUUGGAAAAUCUGUUGAAAGAUGUUUGAAGAGUAAAGCUGCUAAAUUUAAAUAUUAUGCUUUGGCAGUGGAUGAAAGCACUGAUGCUACAGAUACGGCUCAACUUGCCAUUUUUAUGAGAGGUAUUGAUAAUGAAUAUAAUGUUACUGAAGAGAUGGCUUCUUUAGUGCCAUUAAAAGACACAACUAAAUCAAGAGAUUUAUAUGAAGCAGUAAAAAAUAUGUUAAAUAGAUAUUCUCUGUCUUUUGAAAACAUAUCUGGUAUAGUUACUGAUGGUGCCCCAGCAAUGGUAGGUAGAAGAGAGGGACUUGUAAAAUUAAUAGAAAAUGAUGCAAUUGCUGCCAAAAACUCACAUUUAAUGAAGUAUCAUUGCAUAGUACAUCAAGAAAAUUUAUGUGCAAAAGCUUUAAAAAUGGAUAACAUCAUGCAAAUAGUGAUAAAGGCUGUGAAUUUCAUAAGGGCCAAGGGCUUGAAUCAUCGCCAGUUCCAGGAAUUUCUUAGAAGUGUAGAUGCUGACUGUGGUGAUGUCAUUUACUUCUCAGAAGUAAGAUGGCUAAGUCGAGGCCAAAUGUUGAAAAGAUUUUAUGAUUUGCGACAUGAAGUAAAGUCAUUUAUGGUAUCAAAAGCAAAAUGUGUGCCUGAACUUGAUGAUGAAAACUGGCUUACAGAUUUAGCAUUUUUAGUGGAUUUGACCUCCCAUUUGAAUGACUUAAAUAUGCGUCUUCAAGGUAAAAACCAGCUUAUCAACACAAUGUUCCAAGGCAUAACAGCAUUCCAAACUAAACUAAAAUUAUGGGAAGAUCAAAUUAAGGCAAACAAUUUUAUGCAUUUCAACACAUUGGCCAAACAUGUUCCUGUGAACACUGAAAAAUAUGCAGCCUUGCUUUAUGAUUUGAUACAAGAAUUUGAAAAACGUUUUCAGGAUUUCAGGGAAAAUAAACAACAUUUUGCUAUAUUUGCAACACCAUUUUCAGUUGACAUAAAUAUGUUACCUGCCAAUUUUCAAAUGGAAUGCAUUGAGCUGCAAUCUGACUUUCAGCUUAAGGAAAAAUUUGAUCAUGUGUCUUUACUGGACUUUUAUAGGUCCUAUCUUCCCAGAGAUAAAUAUCCCUCACUGCACAACCAUGCCUUAUUCAUGUCAUCACUUUUUGGCAGCACCUAUAUUUGUGAGCAACUUUUUUCAAGAAUGAAGCACACUAAGAGUAAAAUUAGAACCAAAUUAUCUGAUGAGCACCUUGAAAAUUCACUGAGAAUUGCAACUACUUCAAUGGAACCAGAUAUUGAUGCAUUAGUUUAUCAAACACAAUGUCAAAAAUCCCACUAGGAUGGCUUAAUUUGCUCUCUUUUCUUUUACUUUUUUUGUAAACUUUACUCUUACAGUUAUCAUCUUUUUUGCAUUGUAAAAACAUAUAUUUGCUUCACAUUGCAUGUGUAGACAACUUAAGGAAAACUUUGACUAUGUGUCUUUACUGGACUUUUAUAGGUCCUAUCUUCCCAGAGAUAAAUAUCCCUCACUGCACAACCAUGCCUUAUUCCUGUCAUCACUUUUUGGCAGCACCUAUAUUUGUGAGCAACUUUUUUCAAGAAUGAAGCACACUAAGAGUAAAAUUAGAACCAAAUUAUCUGAUGAGCACCUUGAAUAUUCACUGAGAAUUGCAACUACUUCUAAUCUAAUGCAUCAAUAUCUGGUUCCAUUGAGCAGUAGUUUUAUCAAGUCAAGUGCAAUGUCAAAAAUUCCAUUAGGAUGGUUUGUUUUGCUCUCUUUUCUUAUGAAUGAAGAAUGAAGCACACUAAGAGUAAAAAUAGAACCAAAUUAUCUGAUGAGCACCUUGAAUAUUCACUGAGAAUUGCAACUACUUCAAUGGAACCAGAUAUUGAUGCAUUGAUUAGUAGUUUAUCAAACACAAUCUCUAAAAUCCCACUAGGAUGGUUUAAUUUGCUCUUUUCUUUUACUUUUUUUGUAAAGUUUACCAGUAAGCUGCAGGCUGAAGCUAGCCUUUCAUUAGGCAGGAGAAGAGUCAUGUAGUUUUUGGAGUUGCUUGCCACAAAAUUAGAACCAAAUUAUCUGAUGAGCACCUUGAAUAUUCACUGAGAAUUGCAACUACUUCUAAUUUAUUGCAUCAAUAUCUGGUUCCAUUGAGCAGUAGUUUAUCAAGUCAAGUGCAAUGUCAAAAAUCCCAUUAGGAUGGUUUGUUUUGCUCUCUUUUCUUUUUUUUGUAAAACUUUACUUGUAUCUUCUUUUUUGUGCAUUGUACAACCAUAUAUUUGCUUCACAUUGCAUGUGGAGAGAGAAAAAGAAAGUAAGUGAAAAAAAGAAAGAAAUGAACAAUUAAUAAAAGGUAUGGAGAAAAUAAAAGAGUGAAAUAACAUGUUGUUGUUCUGUUUUUUGUCCAAACACAUGAU